CCGUAAUCCUGAGCCGGCCGGUUCUGAGUCUGAGUGAACACCACAGGUCCCAACUUCCGAAUCCAAGUUCGGAGUUCCAAGCAAGAAAAGAAGGAAGAAGCAGGAAGCAGGAAGCAGAAAACAGGAAGGCGCCCUCGAGUCCUAGAUUUUAAAAGCUCCUCUGAAGCUCCUUUCAAUAUUUUGUCCCUGAGCUGAGGUGUGGCACGUCGGGGCAUGGUGUAACAAUUUGCCGUCCUUCUUUAGGUAUGUAGAAGACGGGUCUGUAUUUCAAGAAGGUACUGUUGCUUUGGGUUCUCUGCUUUUUGCCAGUGGCGAUACGGCCUUUAGCCAGGCAACACGUCGUCGCUUGUAGGAAAGAAGCGUAAGGUGGAGAUGGACUCUGACGACGAGCAGGACUACAUGCAAGAUUCGGAUGAUGAUUACGGUGAUUAUGACCAAGAAGAUUUUUCACAAGAAGCAAGUGAUGAUGACUACGGCUAUGAGGACAUGGGCGAAGAUGACGAUGAGCCAAGCUCCAGGCUACCAACGGCUCACUAUGCGAUCCUAUCUGACGAAGACAUCGAGGCGCGGCAGGCAGAGGCAGUGAAGAGUGUUGCUUCUGUGCUCUCUGUCACGGAGGAAGAGGCAACAAUUUUGCUGCGCCACUUCAAAUGGAGUGUGAGCCGUGUCAACGAUGAAUGGUUUGGGGACGAGGAGCGGGUGCGGGAUCUUGUUGGACUUGUGCAUCCAGCUGGUUUAGAAACUGGGAGAGGCAGGAGGAAGGUCAGUUGUGGCAUCUGCUUCGACGACUUCAGCAGGGACGAGAUGAUUGCACCUCGUUGCGGUCAUCUGUAUUGCAAGGACUGCUGGAAGGGGUAUGUCCAUUCUGAGGUGGGGGAAGGGCCUGGUUGCCUGACACUGCGCUGCGCUCAGCCAGACUGCAAUGCUGUGUUGGGGGAUGAGAUGGUGCUGCAGCUGGUGGAUGAGGAGGACCGCAAAAAGUUCCUCAAGUAUGCCAGGCGCAGCUACGUGGAAGACAACCGCAUGGCCAAGUGGUGCCCUGCCCCUGGGUGCGUGUACUCCGUGGAGGAUCUCACGGGCUCAUCGUCAAUGGACGUGCUAUGCCGCUGCGGGCACAACUUCUGCUGGGAGUGCGUGGAAGAGGCUCAUAGGCCAGUGGACUGCGCCACUGUCAACAAGUGGAUUCUGAAGAACAGUGCCGAAUCGGAGAACAUGAACUGGAUUCUGGCCAACUCCAAGCCGUGCCCCAAGUGCAAGCGGCCCAUUGAGAAGAACCAGGGCUGCAUGCACAUGAGUUGCACACCCCCGUGCAAGUUCGAGUUCUGCUGGCUCUGCCUAGGUCCCUGGACUGAGCACGGAGAGCGCACUGGUGGCUUCUACGCCUGCAACAGAUACGAGGCUGCCAAGACGGAGGGAGUGUACGACGAGGCAGAGCGUCGGCGUGAGAUGGCCAAGAACUCUCUGGAGAAGUACACCCACUACUACGAGCGUUGGGCGACCAACGAGUCGUCUCGCCAGAAAGCGCUGGAGGAUUUGCGCAACAUCGGGGACAAGAUUGAGAUUCUGAGCGAGAGGCAGAGCCAGCCCGUGAGCCAGCUCAAGUUCAUCACCGAAGCACUGCAGCAGAUUGUUGAAUGCCGGAGGGUGCUCAAGUGGACGUACGCGUAUGGCUACUACCUGCCAGACGAGGACAUUGCUAAGAAAAACUUCUUCGAAUACUCGCAAGGGGACGCGGAAGCGAACCUAGAGCGGCUGCACCAGUGUGCAGAGAAAGACCUGAACCAGUUCCUGAAUGACGACCCAGCCGCGCCCACGGACAUGACCUUCACAGAGUUCAAGACGAAGCUCGCGGGACUCACGACGGUGACUCGUGGCUACUUCGACUCCCUGGUCCGGGACCUGGAGACGGGGCUGAAGAGCGUGGACGGCAAGGCAGCAGCCGAGGCCGGGACGUCGAAAAGCUCGCGAAGUAAGAGCAAGGGGGGGAAGGGAAAGGGAGGCAGCAGCAGGCCCAAGUCUAACAUGCUAGACGAAGUUGCGUACUGGCCCUGCGAACGCUGCACGUACGCAAACCCCAAUGCUUCAAUCGCCUGCCAAAUGUGUGCGUCGCCGCGUCCGGCUUGAUGUUGUAAGGGGUAGGCAGGGUCAGCCUAGUCGAGGUAGGACGAGGGUGGAACGAGCGCACACCUGCCCGCUUCCAUGUAGAGAUGUCUGGGCUUAGGAUUUCAUGCUUGGACAGCUUGGUUGUCACCAUCUCUGUCACCGUGUACAGUUGAAUAUCGUCUAAAGUUUCAUGUGCCUGUUCUGCAGACAGUGACUCGACUUUCAUUCCAGUCCUUUCAAGUUCGACCUGUGUGCUUCUGUGGCAUUCAAAACAUAUCUCUUUAAGUGCUC